AUGGGAGCCCUCGAACGUGGGAUAUCACUGGCUGGCCCAUUGUCUAUGAAACAGACUGGCGGAGCCCUCACUUAUCUACGCGUGAAAAAACGAUAUUACUUUGCUCUGGAUGAGAUCAGCCACAAGAUUUUGUACUACAAAGAUGAGGCGGAUUUUAUAAAGAAGAAAGAGCCGAUUGGGGACAUUGAGUUGAACCAGGUCGUCUUCACUACAUCGGAUUCGAACUGCAAGAUUUUUUAUAUACAUAAUUCUGGGAAGCGAUGGGAGAUAGAGGCGGACAACGAGAAGAGUUGUCAAUGUUGGCUAGAGGCGUUGUCUAGGCGAAAGGGGUUGCCUGGAGCUGAGCAUCAGAUUAUACCCAAUCAUUUUCAUCGGUAUGCUUGGAAGAAGUCGAGGAGUCAUUCAUUGCCGAGCGAAACCGAUUUGGUUAACAAGCGAAACGGUGGGCUGAACGCUGAAGACGCUUGUUCGCCCAGGAAAUAUUCUUGCAACGAAGUUCGCGGCGACGAUUCUGAAGAUUCAACGUUCGCGCUGUCGGUCCUCGAGGAGAAGCUGCGUCGGAUUGGGGCGAUCGGGUGGAACGAUACGUCGAGUGAGGGUGGUAGUGAAUGUACAACUACUGAGGAACCACCGGUGAUCGUUCCCGCGGCCCCAAUCUGGCUUGAUGAAUGGGUUCAUAAAUGGCUUCAACAGCAACCGUCAUUUUUGGCUGAAAACGGACAUCAUGGUCAUAAUGUCUCGCCACCCAACUCGCUGGUGUCGUCCGCGGAAACGUCGCAUUGCCAGAGCAACGACUGCUCGUCGUUUACGAGUGAAUUGGCUGAGCAAGAGGAGCUGAAUAAGCUGAGAAUGAUUGACAAUCGGCAGAAGGAGCGGAUCCAUCAAUUGAGCUGUGAGCGGAAGCUGCUGCAUGAUCAGAUUGAUGACCUCAAUUCUUUGGCGGUGGUUCGGGAUGAACUCGAGCGCUACAAACGUGAAUAUGUGUUUUGUCUGCAGUCUUGUAUUCGGAUGCCCUUGCACGAUAACAAUUCGCUUGAUGUGGUCCAGGUCAAACUCUACGGCGGUGAUGUGCAUCAGAGGCGUAUUACCGAGUUGUUGGCAGCAGCUAGAGUGGAAGAUCCGAGCUUACCGACUUUGCAGAGCAUCGUAAACGGAACCUACGUCGACGCAUACGGAUUCCGCCAUUUCUAUCCAGAUUAUACCCUUGCUCUCCAUUUCGCAGCCACGCAACUUCAUCAAUUCUACAGUGACCGUCUCGAGUCAGCUCAAGAGCACCCGCCUACCAAAAUUCAGAAGGAAUCAAAGCAACUAGUCCGAGCUGGAAUCCCGAGUGGAAUGAGAAGUACUGUCUGGAAGAUUUUGAUCAAUCAGCAGGUCCUUGAUAUGAAAGUCCAGUAUGGAAAGUACUACUACCGUAACCUGUGCAGCUUACAAGGAGGGGAGGCUGAGCGUUUGUUCUGCAACCAGCACCAAAAACAAAUCAAUUUGGACCUGCUGAGAACAAUGCCGAACAAUAUCCAUUUCAUGUCGGCUAAUUGCAAGGGGGUCGCACAACUUCAGCAAGUUCUACGAGCCUUCUGUCUCCAUAAUGGGUCAUUGGGCUAUUGCCAGGGGAUGAACUUCCUCGCUGCAACGGCGUUGCUCUUCGUCGGUCCUGAAGACGCUUUUUGGUUCUUGAUCGCCUUGACUGAAAAAUUCUUCGAUAAGUCAUACUUUGACGACAGUCUGGCUGGAGCCCAAUCGGAUCAGGAGGUCCUCAAAGAACUUCUGGAAGCCAAAUUCCCCCGAAUCCAACAACAUCUUGAUCUCUGUGAGAUCGAGCUAGCCACGAUCACAUUGAAUUGGUUUAUUGCUCUGUUUUUCGAUGCUGUACCAUUUCAUACGCUUCUUCGUAUUUGGGAUUGUUUUUUGCUUGAAGGGCCGAAGGUCCUGUUCCGCUUCAGUGUGGCUCUGCUUGGGAUGAAUGAAGUUGAAAUCCUCCAGAAAAACGAUACUAUUGGCAUUAUGAAGAUCGUCAAGGCGGCUGUGAGGUUGACCUACGAUAUUGAUGGGCUGCUGAUGCAAGCAUUCUGCGACCUGAACCCAUUUCCAUCUCGUGUUCAGCUACUGACAAAGCAGCAAGCUGUCCUGACAUUACUUCAAGAAAAGCUAUCCAAAAGACAACACCGCCGGGAUGCGCUGACCAGCUCGUGUGACUCCGCUUAUGCUUCAUCAACUACCGAACCUAAUGACGUUCCGAUUUCGGACCUUGCAAUGUCAACAUAUUCAGACGGCACCGGUUUCGUCGUUGCUGGCAAUCAACAUAUCGGGUUCAUUGGAAAAUUGGUUUUGGAGCCGAUUUUGAAUAGAAUGCAUCGGAUUGACAUCGAGUUUGAUUGCCGGGUCGUUUCUCUCGUCAUCGUGCAACCGGAAAUGGCGUUUGCCAGUUUAAUCUCUGGAUAUAUCGUUGCACUACAUUUGGAGGGGAAUGAAUGCACUAUUCUGUGGGAGUUGAAACUCUCAGACGUGGCUUUGAAACUGCUACAUGACGGCAACCGAAUUAUUGCUGCACUGGCUAAUGGCACGAUUACCAUUUUGGAGAAUGUGAUCGAAAAAGCUCCGACCAGCCUUGAAAUGCUUCAUCUUCCUAUUGGGUCAGCGCCCAUCAAUGAAGCCGUUAUAUUUGGGGAUCUUCUAUGGCUUGCUGUGGCAUGUCGAAUUGUUAUUCUGAAUCGAGAGUCAUUCUCUCACGUCUCGUCAAUCUACGUCGCAUGUUCAGCUAGUGGAAGUGGUACACCGUUUUUUGAAAAGAUCGUUUGCCUGUGCACAUCCCCAUUCGGUGCCUUUGUUGUGACAGCAAACUCGACGCUGAUUCAGCUGUGGACCGAGGGGACGGCUUGUGGCUUGCUAUUCGAUAUUUCCUUCGACCAUAGCUAUCGGAAACCAUCUUUGGAUGGAUAUGGCGAAGAGGAGCAAUCGAUCCAUAUUGCGGCAUUGGCAUUUUUGGAUGGGAUUCUUUGGGUUGGGACGAGUGAUGGUUAUGUGAUUAUGUAUCAAGUGGAAGAAGUCGUUGGCGAAUCAAAAUAUCGUGUCCAUCGCUAUCCGGCCGGUCGAAGGAUACAACCGAAAAAUUCGCCAAAUAGCGGAAAAGAUGGACGGAUUGCUCUUUGUUAUAUCCCGACAAGGGAAGAAACACGGCUGGAUGAAGCCGCUGAAGGGUUGGAAAGCCCGAAUAGAGCACCUAGGAAAGUGUCAGUCCGGAUUGACAAGGAUACGAACAAAUACAGCGUACUUGUCGCGAAGAUGAGAUCAAAAUCUUUCAACAACAAGAGCACACUUCCACAGAGAAAACCGAAGCUCAGCACAAAUAAGCACAUUCAACUGACGAAAGAGAUCAGUCAUGAUUCGGCAGUUUCCGUUUUCUCUCACGAUGAACAUCCAGACAUCAAAAAGGCGGAAUUGGAGCAGCAACGUGUCGAGCGAGAGCGCCGUCUUCGCGUUCUCCGAGCCUCAACUGGCUCUAGCUCAAUCUCAAUGGAUUACGACGACCAAUUUGAACUCUACUCUGAAGACGGCUUUGGAAAACGACUCCGCCGCCUCUCAGUCCCCACCAUUCGAGCCAUCGAAAAUGGUUCAUCAACCAUGGACUUUGAAUCCGAUGAGACUUGUGCAUCGACAAGCGCCAGUCCGAAGUCUAACGAAGAAGACAAUUCGGAUGCUAUGCUUUCGAGCGUGUCGUUGAACCUAACGAUGAAGCUUAAAAUAUCUGACCGUCCUGUGAGACGCAUGGUACCUUCGAUAUUUGGCGGAAGAGACGUUAUGAUAACCUGUUCCGGAAAUUACGGGGAUGAAGAAGCAUUGCUGAAAUGGUAUAAAGAUCCCGAAAGUGGCCUCUGGAUCAAUGACCCGAUUGUUGAUGCCCAAGCGAAUCGAAGAUAUUCUGUAUUUUCAUCAACCCCUAGCAGUCCACGCAACCAUAACCACACC